UCCCGACUGAAAACCUUCGAUUUGGGGGGAAAUUAUUUACGCUGCUCUGAAACUCGAGAGGUUAGAGGUGUAAUGGCGGAGACGAAGCAAUCGUUUGAUGUCAAUACUUCCGGCAGGAAAAGGAACUCAGGCAAGAAGAAGGGAAAAAUGUCGAAGAAAAGGCAGAGAGUGAUGCCGCAAGGUGCCGAUAACAAGGUUCGAGUUGACAAAAAAAUGCAAAAAAUGUUUCAGAAGAGGGCUAGGGAUUACAAUUCUUCCGGCGAGGAGGAGGAAGACGAGCAGCCUCGCCGCCGCCAGUCCGGCGGCGCAGCUGGAUAUAAUAGAAAGGACGGAGGAGGCGGCGGCGGUGGGGAGGAGCGGCCUCCUCGUGGGCAGUUUCCCCGGCAGACUAUUUAUAACAAGUUUCAGAAGAAGGACGAUGAAUUCGAAGGUGGGUUCUCGGAUGAUGGGGAGGAAGAGGAUCAAGGGGCUGAUGCGGAGGAAGUUUCGGAAGACGAAAAUGGCGGGAUUCAGCCCGGUGUUACGAAGUUUGCGGAGGGAAUUAAUGCUUUUAGAUUGGCGUUUAAGAAAAUUGUUAAGAAGAGUGGUGGUGAUGAAGAUAUACUGGGCCCGGUAUUAUCUGCCAAUAAGAAGCUAGUAGCUGAGAAGCUAGCUGAAGAAGAAUCGGAGAAGAAAGUGAAGGGCGAGGCGAAGAAGGAGAAACAUUUGAUACGAGAGAAGGGGCAUUUGGCGGAGGUUCCGAAGCAUUUGGAUGCCCAUGAAAAGUUUCUAUUGGGAAUAGCAACAAAAGGAGUGGUCAAGCUUUUCAAUGCUGUAAAUAAGGCUCAGAAUGCUAAGAACGGUUUAAAUCCAUCGAGAUCGAAAGAUGAGAAGGGUAUUUCAAUAGCUUUUAAUUUCUUAUAUCAAAUUAUUUCUGUUUCCUACAAUUCCGUUCUUGGUGUAAUAAGAGCCACUAGAACAUUCUUCUCGGAGUUGGGCAGGACACCAUCGGGAUCCGUUGGAACUGCUGUUAAGGUUGGCACGUCCGGUGGCUCUGCUGAUGGUGAAGGUCCUGCAUGGGCCCCUCUGCGUGAUAAUUACAUGCUAACGAACCCCAAGUUGAAAGAUUGGGAUAAGAUGCAGGAUACAAAUGUUGAAGACGAAUUCGGGAGGCAAUCAGACGCAGAUUCUUCGUCCGGUGACGAUUAAAGCGUUCGUUUUGACAUUUCAAUUUCUUUCUACUCUAUAUAACGGCGAAAUGAGUUCUUGAUACUUGGAGCGAGUUGACUAGGUUUACGGGUGAUCUUGUUCAACACUUCCAGGAGUAAAGAAAAUUACACCCCCGACCGCCGUUUGAUUAUCCAAAUGUAGAUUUAAGGGAAGAAAAUCCAUGUUCAGUGUUUUAUUAAAUAUGAAUAUUCAGUUCAAUCAAAAUACCAGGUUUCUUCACUUUUGUUAAAUUUGGUUAAUGUUCUCUUGUCCUAAACAAACAAAGUAAGCUUUAGCUGUCUUGAUGUUAAUGUCACAAGGUCAACUUUAUUUAUUUAUUUAUUAUUUAUUUUA